UUUCUUUUUAAUGAUUCAGUUGUUAUACAAGAAGACGGCUCCAAAAAGGAGUAUGAAGUAGUCGGACGUUUUCCAUUAGUUGACCCUUGGUGGAGAGUUAAUGUUAAAGCUAAAAAAAUGGGGUCGAAGUACUUUGUACAAGGAUAUCCAUCAUAUUUUCUGCGGACUGAUAUAGAAGAAAACAACCGACAAAUCUUUUCACUGUUUCUUAAGGAAUGUGCCGUUCCUGAUGCUUUUAAAGAAAAGUUUUUUACUUGGCUUCCUGCGGAAUCUAUGCUGAGUUUUAGAAAUCUUGAAGAAAAACUAAAACAGUUCCAAGCUUCACACUUACAUACAGGGAAGAAUCAAAGAGACACCAAGGAUCAUGACAUCUUCUACUACGUUUCAAAGUCACUUGCAGGGAAGGCAGUAUUGGUAGCUCUGACUUUUCCGGUGAUUCUGGAAUUCUUGCCAAUUCUUCUGCCGCGCCAUUUUUGCUCUCUGUUGGAUAUGACGUGUUGGCAAGGAGAGACUGAAGAAAGCAAUGGUGAGGAAGUACAUUAUCAAGACAAGAUGCUAACAAAGUUGGAUGAGAUAUUAAGGAAUGAGCCAUGGAAGCUUGGAUUCAACAGGAUUACCUAUAGGGAACUGAACCUUUCUUACUGUGAGGCAACAUGGGCCGCCUUCUGUCAGUGUGAACAUCUCCUCCGGAAGAUUCCUGACUUGCAGAAGAAUGCAUUAAUUCUGUAUGAUCAACUCAAGAAGCAGUGUAGAGAAAUGGGACACACUUACGAAGAUCAAGAUGAAUUAGCUCGUUUUGUAUCUAAAGAUAUGUCCAUUGAGCAUGUUUGGCAAUCUCUCGAAUUUUUGAAAGAUCAGAAAGUAGUGAUUAGGGAGAAAAAACUAGUGUUUCUGCCUCAUCUUUAUAAAUCUGAAAAAGACAUUGCAAUGUAUAUAGGUGAUCUUCUGUCGAACCACUCAUGGCAACUGGAUGUUGAUGUGAGAAAGAUACUUAACAUUUCUAAUGUUACCCAGGCUCAUGAAAUGGAACAUCUGAAGGAAAAUAGUGUGGACAACCAUAACUGUGAAAAUCACUUCCCUGAAAGGGAAGUGGGGUCUAUGUCUGGUACCCAAAGUAAAGCAGAGGUAGACUCGGAUCAGGUGAUUGCUAUGGAAAAGAUUUGUUCUAAUGCUGUCACAAUCAUAAGUGGAAAAGGAGGCUGUGGGAAGAGUACAAUAGUUAGCUGCCUUUUUCGUCACUUAAAGCAGACGGAAAAAGAAGUGGAAGCUGCUUCUAAGGACUUUGAAGAAGACCUGGAUGCGUCUGAGGAAUGGAAUACCUUUGAUCAUCACUGGGAGCCAGAGAAUAUGGACACACAAAAAAUUUUGAACGUACUAUUUACUGCACCUACAGGGAGGGCGGCAAGCCUUUUGAGUGAAAAAACUAAACUUCCUGCGUAUACACUGCAUCAGAUCAUCUAUAGUUUUAAAUCAUGGAGGCAGAGUGAACAAGUACAGCCAUGGAAGUUUUCUACGGUGACAAUUCUGAUUGUGGAUGAAGGAAGUUUGGUGUCUGUGCAUGUUCUUAGUUUAGUUUUAAAACUCUUGCGUGAGCAUGCUCAGCUUGCCAAACUUAUUAUUCUAGGUGAUACUAGACAGCUACCAAGCAUAGACCCAGGAAACAUGUUAGCUGAUAUCUUUGAGGGUCUAAAAUCAAGAGGCUUUUCUGUGGAAUUGCGAACUAAUCACCGAGCUGAGUCACAGCUAAUUGUAGAUAAUGCAUCAAGAAUCUCUCACCGGAAGCUUCCUGUAUUUGAUGAGGUGCUGAAAGUUUCUGGUUGGAAUGAGAAAAUGAUGAUGCCAAGCCCGGAGAAGAAAUUCAUUCUUAUUGCUUUGCCUGCUGGCGGGGGUUGUGACAAACUGCAAACUGCCAUAAGGACUUUACUUCAAGAAGGACCGGGAUUGCAGGACGCCAAACAAUCGCAGUUCAUUGCUUUCAGAAGGCAAGACUGCGAUCUAAUAAAUGAACUUUGUUGCCAACACUAUUCAAAUCACUUAACCAGAGACCAGAAAAACCGACUUCUGUUUCAAAUUGAUGACAAGAUUUCCUGCACGCGGAAUACGUACCUGAAAGAUCUCUUGCCAGACCAUGGUUUUGGAGAGGAUCUCAAUCGCCUUGAAUACAAAAGUGGAGAAACCACCCGCCCUACAGAGACUGCAGAGGAGGGCAAACGACUGUGCAAUGGAGAUAUAUUUUUCAUAACAGGGGACGUAGAAAUUGAUAAGCAGCGCUUGCUGACCAUCAGCAGCACGUACGGCUCCACGUUCACUGUGAAGUAUAAGGCACUGAAGAAGCUGUGUCACAUAAAACACGCGUGGGCCAGAACUAUUCACACAUUUCAGGGUUCUGAGGAAAAAACGGUUGUCUACGUGGUUGGCAAUCCUGGCCGUCAGCACUGGCAGCACGUGUACACAGCCGUGACGCGAGGGCGCUGCCGUGUCUAUGUUAUCGCUGAAGAGAUGCACCUCAGGAGAGCAGUCACUAACAAGAACGUGCCCAGAAAAACUCGCUUACAGAGAUUUUUGAAAGAGGCAAUCGCAGACACGAGCGACUGUCCCAAACAGACUUCCUCUCCCCUGACGAAGAGCUGGCAAAGUCAAGAGCUUGCGACUGGGUCCGUGUCUGUAACUCAAGGUGCUCCCGACCCACCUGAACCCCUGACUGACUUGACUGACCAGGAAGGGUCAGCAGUUCCCGGUAAAGAACUGCAGAUGGGCAAUUUGCAGCAAAGUCCGUGUAAAAGACAACAAACUCUUGACGGGAAUUCUGAGGAUGUGACGAAAAUGCCCUCUACGACAGUAGAAGAUUCCCCACUUGGGUCUUUCAGACUUAAGAAUCUAACUUUGGGACAACCAACUCCUAGGAAGCUUUUCAAAAGCUAACAGCCGAUUAGCUGUCCUCGUUAUGAACCUGUCUUGAACCCGUUUCGUUCAAGAGUUUUGGAACAGAGAAGCUGGGAAUGCAGAUGAUUUUUUCAGAGGCUUUCCUGGAUGUGCAUGUUCUGUGAAGAACAGCUUGUUUUGAAAUGAGCCGGUUACAUUUUCAGUCAUCUGGUUUUAGUAGGAGCUUCCUUGGCGUGUCAGUCAUCAAAAAAUCGUAUCAUUCUUUUGUUUGGUGGAGAAUGAACUUAACAGGGCUUACGGGAUCCAGACAUUCCCUCAAAAAUACAUGGGGAUUUCUAGGUUUAAAGACUGCAGCCAGUCGUACCGAGAUGUACCCACCUCCUCAUGCUACAGAGUGGAUGGGAAGCCGUGACCGAUGUGCCAAAACUGCAGCUUGCUCUCGAGUCAAAAAAAUACUUGACAAAGGGGACUUUAGAUUUUUCUAAAUUAUGGGUGUGAUGCGUCGAUGGGUUAUGGAUAUUCAUCUUGUUAUAAAUGGAACAAGAAAGUUGCAAUCAGUGACACAGAAAAUGUUUCCCAUGUUGUACUUGAGAGAGGUGUUGAACUUGCCGUUGCUGCUUCAGCUGGUCCCUACAUGCCGACAGUGAUCGUGGUGAGAAAAGCAGAAUUCCAAGUCAGAGUUCAAAUAACAUUCUGCUUUCAAGCUUUUUUUUCUGUGUACUAUGUGACUUGCUGCAGUGUGAUUUUUGAGAUGAAUAAGCUGAAUGUUUAAUCAAACGUCAAAUUGUGCUAAAGUUUGGACGGCUUGCUUGCUUCUAACAAUGUGUUGUUUUGGGUUUUUUUUUACACAUGGCAGGAAAAAGUGUACCGCAAAUAUAAACAUUUUUUUUGCUAAAACUGCAGAAAAAAAAAUGUGGAAAAAAUAUGGAGUAGAAAAAUGCUACC